AUGUCUAGACUUGCUCUAGCUUUGUCCUGGACGUACCGCUAUUUUGGUAUAUCAUCAAUUUACGCCACCGGCCGAAAUGCCUACCUGAUCAUCUUGGCGCGCUCGCUGCGCAUGUUUGCUUUUGGUACCACGUUUAUCCUGGCCCUCUUCUUCAACGAGCUGGGUUUUACAGAUUAUCAGAUCGGCCUGUUCUUCACCCUGACCCUACUCGGAGAUGUCAUCCUCGGCACCCUUCUCACCUUGGUCGCCGACCACGUCGGACGGCGGCGUAUCCUGCUCGCCGGCUCCGCCCUCAUGAUUGUCAGCGGCGUCAUUUUCGCCUACUUUGAAAACUUCUUCAUUCUACUGCCGGCCGCAAUAGUUGGCGUAAUCAGUGCCACGGGCAGCGACUUUGGCCCCUUUAGGUCCAUCGAGGAGUCCAUGCUCUCGCAGUUGACCACGCCCGACACCAGGGCAGAUGUCUUGACGUGGUACGUCACCAUAGCCCUGCUUGGCUCUGCUCUGGGCAGCGAGGCUGCUGGGAGAAUCAUAGACACCUUCCAGAGCCGCCCGGGAUGGACGCUGCUUGCUUCUUAUCAUGCCUUGUUUUGGCUGUAUGGGAUCAUGGGUUUCGUGAAUGCCUGUUUGGUGCUACUCAUGACGGACGCCUGCGAGCUUGAAGUGGAUGACAACGCUGGAGAAUAUGCUCAGCUGCUGCCGGAAGACGAUGGGCGUCUGUCGACUGAGGGAGUGAACGAUAUCACCACCGAUGGUGCGACAGUGGUCAACCCUGAAGAUGCGGAUCGUGCUACAUCCAAGUCGGCCGCUUCUGAAGGCUGGUUCAGAAGGUACUUUGGGUGGAUAUCCGCAUCACUCUCCAACAUCUCGGCGCCAACCAGAUCUACCAUGUACAAGCUGUGGAUUCUCCUGGCUCUCGACUCGGUUUCGGACGGCAUGGUUCCUCACUCGAUAACCAACUACUUUGUGGACCAGAAAUUCCACCCGGACAAGUCGACACUCGGCGACGUCCAGUCGACCGCCUCGCUCCUAGGCAGCAUUGGCACAAUAUUUGCGGCCCCGCUGGCGCGCCAGAUUGGGUUGAUCAACACCAUGGUCUUCACGCACGUGCCGUCGUCAGCGGCGGUUCUAUUGUUCCCCUGGCCGUCGGCCUUUUGGCUCACAGCUCUACUCCUGUUUGUGCGCACCGGGCUCAACAGCAUGGACCAGGCGCCGCGGUCGGCCUUUAUCGCGGCAGUCGUCAGGCCGGAGGAGCGGACGGCCGUCAUCGGCAUCACGGCCAUGGUGCGGACACUUGCGGCGACCACAGGUCCAAGCAUCACAGGCAUUCUGGCGGGUAACAACCGCUUCUGGGUCGCCUUUGUGGUAGCGGGAACGUGCAGACUUACUUAUGACUUUGGGCUGUGGAUGCUGUUUGUCAACACUCCUUUGAAUCAAAAUGAUGGCGGUAGCGUGUUGGAUGAUGAGGAGGAGCAUGGGACGUCUCAGGGGGCAGAUUUGCGGCCUGGAGAGGGGAACGCUGGGAUCGUGUCCAAAUGA